AUGAUUCAAAAUUAUAAAAUUCAUGAAAAAUUAGGUUUUGGUAAAUUUUCAGAUGUCCAUUUAUGUUCUAAAUGUGAUAAAAAAUACGCUGUUAAACUUUACAAAGAAGAUACUUGCUAUAAUCAAAAAGAAAAGAAAAUUUUGGGUAUUUUAGACCACCCAAAUAUAGUCACAUUGGUUGAUUUUGGGGAUUUUGGACUUUCAUGUUAGUUAAAUAGUGAUGAUAUUUUAUUAAAUGAAAUAGUAGGAACUUAAAAUUAUAUGCCACCCGAAAUGAUUAAUAAUAAAGAAUACAAAGGAGCUGAAGUAGACAUUUUUUGUGUCGGAGUUAUUCUUUUUUGUUUCGUAUAUAGGUUUUAACCUUGGAUUUAGUAGGCUAGUGGAAAAGAUCCACUUUAUGGAUUAUUGAGUAGUAGAAAUUAUGGAAAAUAUUGGGAUAUUUUGGGAAGGAAAAAACAUGAUCCUGAGAAAAGAAUUACUCUUGAUAAUAUUAAAACUCAUGAAUGGACAUAAGGAGAAAUAUGUUCUUAGGAAGAAAUAAUUUAAUAAAUGAGUUUAAGAAGAGAAAUUUUUAUCAAAAAAUAAUAGAAUAUUUGA